CAAAAUAAUGUCUACGGCAGCAGAGACCUCUCCGAGAUGUCAGGUAUUAGUCCGGAGGGGCAGAUCUGCGAGCCACAGAGCAGCUCCCGGGUCUACGGUACAUUAGGCUCUCCGUGGGAGAGGGAUCCCAGACAGCUCUGCUGGGGAACCAGCCCAGGAGAUUUGUUAGCGGGCUGCUCCGGGGGAUACCAGCCACCUCCGGCACCCGAGCGCCAAAGGUGCCUGUGCUGCUGCUGCUGCUGCUGCUGGCGCAUUUCAUCCAAACUCCAGCCGGAGCCAGGGCAAGUUGAACCGGAGACAUUGGAGCCGCUGUGCUUCGGAGAGACGAGGGCGCACGGGGAGCGCGGCGGCACCAUGCCUGCUAUCAAGAAGGAGCGACUUGACAGGGAGGAGAUGGCCCUGGCAGCUUUUAACCAGCCCAUGGAAACCUUACCUGACUACCUCGCGCCUCUGGCCGCCGCUGCCAUUCCGGUGGUCACCCCGCACCCGCCGGCUUACGAGCAGAUCUUUGCCCACCGCGCGUACCUGGGCUUCCACGAGCCCCACCACCCCCACCCGCACCACCCCCACCACCUCCCCGAGGACCUGAUGCUGGAGAGGUUUUCCUCCAUCCCGGAUUUCCAGCCCUUCUUUGACAACGGAGAGCCUUGCAUCGAGGUGGAGUGCGGGGAGAACAAGGCGCUGCUCUACAUCAAUAAGUUGUGCCAAGGGAGCAAAGGACCCUCUAUCCGGUACCGGGGAGAGUGGCUCACCCCCAACGAGUUCCAGUUCGUCAGCGGCAGGGAGACGGCCAAGGACUGGAAGCGCAGCAUCAGGCACAAAGGGAAAAGUUUGAAGACUCUUAUGUCCAAAGGAAUCUUACAGGUACAUCCUCCAAUCUGUGAUUGCCCUGGGUGUCGAAUUUCGUCUCCAGUGAACCGGGGCCGCCUGGCAGAGAAGAGAACAAUCCCCCUGCCCCCCAGCAGGCUGCCCAAGAAGGAGCUGAGCUCCCUCUUCUCCCACAGCGAGGACAGCCAGGACAGCGACAAGAGCAAUGGGCAGCAGCCCGAAGUGAAGCAGGAGGAGGAUCUGCACAUCAGUAUCAUGAAAAGAAGGAUUCACACCCACUGGGAUUUGAACAUCUCCUUCCGAGAGAGCUCCUGCAGCCGCGACAGCGACCUCUCCACCAUCAUCUCCAACCUGCAGCAGAGCCGGCAGCUCGUGAUGCCCGAGAGCCAGAGCCGCUGCGAGUUCAAGAGGAGCAGCCUGGACGUGGGGCUGGCAGCUGCAGAUGAAAUUUUAGGCAAGAGAAGAGUAUGUUCUCCCACCAGCAGCAGUGAGUGUCCUUUAGAGAGCAAGAAAGCCCGAAGUGAGUCCCCAAAGGAAAGGUGCCAGACGCCGGCGCUGGAGGAGGCGGUGGCGCAGAUGACCCCGGAGGAGCACUACAGGCGCAUGAUGUCAGCCCUGAACGAGCACGGCUCCUUCGAGGAGCAGCAGCAGCAGCGCCUCUACCAGCUGGCCAACAGCAUGGCAGUGCCCAGCCACGGAGAUCUGCUCCGGGCGCGGCAGGAGGUGGCGGCGGCGGCGGCGGCGCGGACCCCGGGCGCGAUGGAAGCGCACAUCCCCUCGGCCAGCAACUCGUCCAGCCAGCGCAGGAAGCAGGGCCUGCCCCAGCACAGGGACAGCCACUUCCCCGACAGGGAGAUCUCCCACCCACCGCCUCUGCUGUCGCCCCAGAACGCUCCCCACAUCGCCCUGGGGCCGCACUUGAGACCCCCCUUCCUCGGGGUGCCUUCAGCUCUGUGCCAGACACCAGGUUACGGCUUCCUGCAGCCAGCGCAGGCAGAGAUGUUCGCACGGCAGCAGGAGAUGCUACGGAAACAAAACCUGGCCAGGCUGGAGAUGUCGGCCGAGCUGAUCCGCCAGAAGGAGCUGGAGAACCUCCACCGGCAGAGGCUGCUGGCCGGGGACCCCCUGAGCCUUCACCCCGCGCUGCCCCCCGACCACCCCGCGCUGCGCAGCGUGCACGACGUCCCCGAGGGCCACGCGCUGCGCGACGAGCUGUCCCGCCGCAGCGCCAUGCUGGUGCUGCGCCACAACAACGCCCCGCUGCUGUCGCUGACCCCCGGCGGGCCCGGGGCCGCCACGCCGCCCAAGGAGCAGCCCCGCAGGCCCGCAGGAACCCGCAAGGCCGCGCAGCCUCGAGCGGAGCCGCAGGGAGAGGCCCGCGAGCCGCGCGCCAGGGACGGCGGCCAGGACUGUGCCGAGGAGGAGAUGAAGGACUCGGAGAGCGACGCCGAGGACAAGGCCGAGGGGCUGAAGGGAGAGGGAGGCGCGGGAGCGGAGCUCAAGGAGGGCAAGGACGGCGCGGGGAAGGCGUGUGAGGGGGCCAAGGAGCCCAGCGAGGUGGUCGCGGCCCCCAGCGUCGCCUGCAGCUCCUCCAGCGCGGAGUCCCCCAGCCACCUGCUCGGGCCCGGCGGCAGCAAGGCCGAGGGGAAAUACCUGCCCCCAGCCUCCCUGCCCGCGCCACAGCCGCUGCCCUUCGGCUUCCCCUACACCAUGAGCCCCUACUUCCACGCAGGCACCAUGGGAGGUCUGUUCCUGGACGGGGAGGAGAGCCCAGCGCUGGAGGACAUCAGCAAAUGGACAGUGGAGGAUGUCUGCAGCUUCGUGUCCAGCUUGUCUGGCUGCACUGAGUACACUCAGGUAUUCCGAGAGCAGGCCAUCGAUGGGGAGACCCUGCCCCUCCUGACAGAGGAGCACUUACUGAACAACAUGGGGCUCAAGCUGGGGCCUGCCCUGAAGAUCAGGUCACAGGUGGCCAAGCGCCUGGGCCGGGUGCUGUGCAUGGCCGGCUUCCCUCUGGCGCUGCCGCUGCGGCCCCAGGAGCGCGAGGUGGCCCCGGGGGAGCCGCGCCCUCCCUCCACCGGCAGCGUGGCCUCUCCCUUCGGACCCCUCCCCACCACCAGGGGCUCCCCCAAACAGGAGAACGGGACCCCCCUGCUCAGCGACACCCCCAAAGCCCCCUCCUAACACUGCAGGAAGGGAGCUUCUAGGUUUUUUUAUUUUUUUUUUUUUGGAUGCAUUUUGCUUUUUUUUUUUAAAUUUUUUUUUUUGGUCGUUUGGGGAAAAUAAUAAAAAGAACCACGGAGAAGAUUUCUGAACUGUCAAAGUGUAAAGGGAAGGAAGGAAAUUUAUCCAAAGAUGUUGGCGUGGGACGAUGCUGAGUGAAGAGGAUGCUGGAGGAUGGAGGAAGAAUUCCUGAUCCUUGCACACUCCCCAGUGGAGCUGGAGGUUCCUGCCGGGAAUCAGGGGCAGGAAUCACGGACAGGAACCACGGACAGGCUGCUCUUGGCCUUUGGAACUCCGAAAAAACCCAAAAAACUCCUCCAGGCGCCUCCAGAGCUCUCCUCCUCCCUGCAAACCGGCCUCAGCUCCUCAUUCAGGUGUUCUAUGCAUCUCUAGCAACUUUGAAAACAAUACCAAAGACAGCCAAAAAAGGAUAAAAAGACAAAAAAAAAAAAAAAAAAAAAGACAGCAAAGCAAGGAAACGCAGGCUGGAGCUGCCGUUCGUGUUUACUGGUGCAGAUGGUACCGAGCCCUGGGCUGGCACAGGGCACAGGGCACUCCCAGCCCUGCCAACCCAGCCCUGCCCUGCCCUGGGGGUUCUUUCCAAGCCUUGUUCCAGAGGUGGAUGCAUCCUUGCAUUAUUGUGGAUGCAUUCUUGCAUUACUGUGGAUGCAUUCUUGCAUUAUUGCACAUCCUGGGCACACAAUGGGCAAAAAAAAAAUUGAGUUUUUACUACUGUGAAUGAGCUGGGAACUCCCGGGGUGAGCUCCUGUGAGCUGUACAGUUGUGAACAACAAUCACAUGUGGUACUUUUCUCUCUCUCUGUCUCUCUCUCUCCCCCCCUCCCCAAUCCCCGUUUUUUUUUGGGGUUUGUUUUUUUGUUUAAACGUUGCACGUGCUGCCGUUUUUUCUUACAGAAUAGCUUUGGUGGUACUUUAGCUUCUUUAUAUUGUAAAAAAAAGGAGAAAAAAAAAACACCAUUAUCCAUCACAUCACGAUAAAAAUGCUUUCCAGCAAUCAGUUUAAAUAAAAAAGAAAAACACUUAAUUUACAAAUGGUAACUGGGCUUUUCCCGAGGAGUUCUGUCCUUCCUUUCCUGGUGCAGCAGAGCUGCCAAUUCCUGCCUGGAACUCAAAGCCAGAGCCAGGAGAAAAAGGGAAUUCUUCCUCCUUGGCAAGAACAGGUAAGUUAAAAUCAUUUACCAAAUGAGAAUCUUUUAUUUACAGCCAAGGUGGUGCAGUUCUCACCUGGGCAGGAUCAUUUUGCUUUUCUUUAUUCAUCCAUCCUCACACAUCAUCCCCAACCCAAGAAAUCUGAAUUUAAAGUUUCCUUCUGCAGCACUCUCAGCACUUUGAACUGAUCAAAGCUCUGCAAGAGUCUGUGCAGCCCUGGAGGCUUUUUGGGCACCAGGGAGGGUUGGUGAGAGCCCCAGAGCUAAAUCUGAGGAGGAACCUUGGACAAAAACCUCCUCCCUUGCAGGAGCUGAAGUGAAUCCUGAUUUGAAUGAGGGGUUUUUAUCCCCUCUGGGAGCAGUUUUUACUGGCCUUGACUUGGCCACGGUUUUAUUGGUACCAAAACCAGAACUGGUAGAAAAAGGUGGAAAAUCCAGGUUGAGAAGUCCAGGUUGAAAGGUCCAGGUUUGGUUGAGGGGUUCAGGUUCAGAAUUCCAGGUUGAAUUGAGAAGUCCAGGUUGAGUUGGAAAAUCUAGGUUCAGUUGAAAGGUCCAGGUUGAGUUGAAAUGUCCAAGUUCAGAAUUCCAGGUUGAAUUGAGAAGUCCAGGUUCAGUUAAAAUGUCCAGGUUGAAUUGAGAAGUCCAGGUUGAAUUGAGAAGUCCAAGUUGAAAGGUCCAGGUUGAGUUAAGAAAUUCAGGUUCAGAAUUCCAGGUUAAAUUGAGAAGUCCAGGUUGAACUGAGAAGUCCAGGUUGAGUUGAAGUGUCCAGGUUGAAGAGUUGAAGUGUCCAGGUUCAGUUAAAAUGUCCAGGUUGAGUUAAGAAAUUCAGGUUCAGAAUUCCAGGUUGAAUUGAGAAGUCCAGGCUGAGUUGAAGUGUCCAGGUUGGGUUGAAAGGUCCAGGUUGGGUU